CACAGAUCAGAGAAGAGGAAGCUGCACUCUCAGAUCAGGGCCAUGGUUCUCCCAUUCAUCUGUUUUCUGCUCUUUCUUUCAGGUGGAUUAAUGUCCAGUUUAGAGAUACAAGAUGAUCUUAACAGCCAGUCGACAUCCAAUCAGAGCUCUACAGAAAGCCCAGAUUGGAAUACCACAAGCUAUCAGCAAUCGGAUUAUAAAAACCAGACAUCCAGCRAGAGAUCUGAUGAAAGUGAAAAAAUCUGCAGUGACUGGGAUGUUGUAGAGCACUUAAACCUGACCAAGAAUAAGGAAAUGUUUACCAUGAUCAGGCCUGUUAAAAAUCAUAAAACACCAGUAUUCAUUGAAUUUAAAAUGGAAAUCUAUGCCAUUCUAGAUGUGAGAGAGUCUGACCAGUCCUUCAUAUCAUACAUUUCCUUUAUUACUCUAUGGAUUAAUGAAUUUAUUCACUGGAACGAAAGUAACUAUUGUGGAAUUUCCGAAGUGGUAGUUCCACGUGAAUCUUUGUGGAUGCCCGACUUCGUCAUUCAAGAAAUGACAGAAAAGGAUAAAGCCGUACCGAAUCCUUUUCUCAGAGUUCAUUCGUUUGGCAUGGUAUCACACUCUGAUGAUAAAUUAGUGAUCAGCACCUGCAAGAUGAAAAUUUUUCACUUCCCCUUUGAUAUUCAGAGCUGCAAUAUGACUUUGAGGUCUCUCUCAUACAAAAGUGAAGAAUUAUUGAUUCKCACAAUUGAAGACAGUAAAAGGAUCACAGCGUGGUCUCGURAUUUAAUCUGGACGCARUACGAGUGGGAGUUUCUCAAUCUCUCAGUCACAAAGAAAACUGUCGAACAUUUUAUCAGCCAAACUCACUUUGUUUACACUGUAACCAUGAAGAGAAAGUCAGCACUUUACGUCGUCAACUUCCUGCUGCCUGUCCUCUUCUUCUUGUGUCUGGACUUUGCCUCCCUCCUGAUGCCGACUGGCGGUGGAGAUAAGAUUAGCUUCAAGAUCACGGUGCUACUUGCUGUUACAGUGAUGCAGCUGAUUCUCAUUGAAAUUAUACCUGUUACUACAAGCAAGAUUCCGCUUAUAGURAUUUAUUGCAUUGGGAUUUUUGCUCUGAUGCUGCUUGGCCUCUUGGAGACCAUUUUCUUGAAUUAUCUGAUGRSAAAAGACUCUUCAUCCCUGGAAAGCAAGAAAGAGAGUGACAAGCUUCAAAUAAUAAAAGCUUCCUCCACUGCCUCCACCUCUGAAGAGAUGACCAAUAUGACCAAUCAAACUGCAUCUAUGUGCAAAGGGGGCAGCAGCAGCCAACUGACUGAGUUAUUUCUGGCCAUGGAGAAAUUCUCAGAUGAGCUUGGAGAGAUGAAAAAAACUUUUCUUGACAAAGAGUCUGAAGAAAAGAAGGAUGGUUACUGGACCAGAGUCGCCAAGAAAAUAGACAAGAUUUUUUCCAUUCUCUAUGUCUUGGCAGCCAUUUUGUUUUUAGCUGUCGUCUUCUCAGUGUGGCUCUCAAAAUCAGACUCAUCGGAAUGAUCUAGGGCUGUUGUAAACRAAUAUUUUAGUAGUUGAGUAAUCUAUUGAUUAUUCUUACGACUAAUCGGAUGAAAAAAAUAAAAUAAAAUAUUGGUAAAUCUUCCAUAACGGGGCAGACGAGCGAACGAACGUAAGAUGGGGGUGGAGGGGAGG